GGCGGAGCAAGGAGGGAGGGAGAGGUAAAGGUCGGAGGGAGGGGGGCAGAGAUUUCGCUUCUGAAUGGCCAGAGAGACCAGGGAGGGCUUCUGAUGUGCGACAGCCUGCAAAAGCCUUGCAGGAGGAUCCCGGGAAGGUUUGCUCACGAUCGAAGGUAACCAAAGAGGUGGGAAAGGAGAUGGAAGAGGAGAACUUGGAAUAGGCAAGAGAUCCAGAAAAGGUCCCCAUCCCUCCAGGCAGGAAGUGGUGUUGAAUAUUCAGAAAGAGCUGCUCCAGAGAUCAUGGCUCAGGACACUAAGACCGCGGAUGUACGCAGCCAAUGGUUCAGGCAGUUCUGUUACCAGCAGGCCAGUGGGCCACAAGAGGUUUGCAGUCAGCUCCAUGGACUUUGCAACCUCUGGCUGGAGCCAGAGAGGCACAGCAAGGAGCAGAUCCUGGACCUGGUGAUUCUGGAGCAGUUCCUAACCAUCCUGCCUCAGGAAAUGCAGCGCUGGGUCAGAGGAUGUGGGCCAGAGACCUGUUCCCAGGCGGUGGCCCUGGCUGAAGAUUUCGUCCUGAGUCAAGCAGAGAAGAAGAGGCAGGCAGAACAGAUGCAAAGACCACCAGUGAAGAUGGAAGCAAAGUUCUCUGAGGCAGAAGGAGCUCCAUUGGAGGAAGAGCACAAGGAGGAGGCCCAGGAACAUUCCCAAGAUGUCCUCUCACAUGUUAUCAUGGCUCAGGACACUAAGACUGCAGAUGUACGCAGCCAGUGGUUCAGGCAGUUUCAUUACCAGAAGGCUGAUGGACCACAAGAGGUUUGCAGCCAGCUGCAUGGACUUUGUAACCACUGGCUGAAGCCGGAGAGGCACACCAAGAAGCAGAUCCUGGACCUGGUGAUCCUGGAGCAGUUCCUGGCCAUCCUGCCCCAGGAAAUGCAGUGCUGGGUCAGAGGGUGUGGGCCGGAGACCAGUUCCCAGGCAGUGGCCCUGGCCGAAGGUUUCCUCCUCAGUCAGGAAGAGAAGAAGCAGGCAGAGCAGAUAAGGGGACCAUCAGUGAAGAUGGAAGCAAAGUUUUCUGAGGCAGAAGGAGCUCUGUUGGAGGAAGGGCGCAGGGAGGAGGCUCAGGAAUGUUCCCAAGAUGUCCUCUCACAUGCCGAGGAUGUCAAAGAGACAACUGAGGAAUCUGAUGGGUUCUCAUUGAAAAGAGAUGAGGCAGAAGAGUCUGAAUGUAACUUCCGGAAUCAAGAGAGGCAGGAAGGAAACCAUGAAGAGGAGAGGAGGGAAAAAGCCAUUCCUUGCCAAGAAGGGGAUUUCCAUAAAGUAAUUUACAUGGCGGAAGAAACAAACAAAUGCUUGGACUGGAGACUGAAUUUCUCAGAUCAAACUCAACAUGAUCUCGAUUUGCAAAAGCACCCUGAGAAGAAGGCCCAUAAGUGCUUGCAGUGUGGAAAGAGCUUCCUUUGUGGAGAAGAGCUCAUGAAACACCAAAGGAUUCAUAUAAAAGAGAAAGUGUAUAGCUGCUCAGACUGUGGCAAAGGUUUUUCAGAGAAAUCAAGCCUUGUUCAACACCAGAGAGAGAGUUCCCACCAUUCAGGAGGGGAGUCAUUUAUCUGCUCAGAGAGUGGAAAGAAGUUCUCAGAUUGGAAGGCACAUAAAUGCUUUCCAUGUGGAAAGUAUUUCAACUGCAGAUCACAGCUCCUUUUGCACCAAAGAACCCACACGGGGGAGAAACCUUUUGAAUGCUUAGAGUGUGGGAAGAGAUUCAGUCACAGUGUCAGCCUUCAAGAGCAUCGAAGAAUCCACACAGGGGAGAAACCUUUUGAAUGCUCUGAGUGUGGAAAGAGAUUCAGACACAAUAUCAGCCUUCAGCGGCAUCUAAGAAGCCACAGAGGCGAAAAACCUUUUGAAUGCUCAGAAUGUGGAAAGAGAUUCAGUCAGAGUGUCAGUCUUCAACAGCACGAAAUAAUCCACACAGGGGAGAAACCUUUUGAGUGCUCAGAGUGUAAAAAGAAAUUCAGUUGGAGUGGCAGCCUUCAGCGGCAUUUAGGAACCCACACAGGGGAAAAGCCUUUUGAAUGCUCAGAGUGUGGAAAGAGAUUCAGUCAGCGUGGCAAUCUUCAAAGACAUCUAAGAACCCACACAGGGGAGAAACCUUCUGAGUUCUCAGAGUGUGGGAAGAGAGUCAGACAGAGUAGCAGCCUUCAACGGCAUCUAAAAGGCCACACAGGCGAGAAAUCUUUUGAAUGCUCGGAAUGUGGAAAGAGAUUUCAGUGCAGGGUCUAUCUUCAAAGGCAUCAAAAAACCCACACAGGGGAGAAACCUUUCAAAUGCUCAGAGUGUGGGAAGAGCUUUAAAGGCCAUCUUCAAAGGCAUCUAAGAACCCAUGCAAGGGAGAAUCCAGUGAUGCCCUUGGUCCCAGACUUGUCAGCUGGAAACGUCUUCAACGGCAUCUAAAAAGCCACACAGGAGAGAAAUCUUGUGGGAAGGAAAGGAACAAAAACAACUGUGCACACGAACAGUAGAAAAAUAAACUUGUUUACAAAUUUGA